CAGAAACCCUGCGGGACAUGGUGGCCUUGGAGGCAGAGGUGUCCGUGUGGAGAGGAGACAGUGGUAAAACAGUCUGUGCUUCAGUAUAUGAGGACAUCCCUGGUCAGGAGUUGGUACCAGGAGACGUCAUCACCAUCCCUCCAUACGGCACCAUGAUGGCGUGUGACGCAGUCCUUAUUACUGGCAACUGUAUCGUUAAUGAGAGUAUGCUCACAGGGGAGAGUGUUCCGGUGACCAAGACCCCCCUCCCCAACCCCCCUCCCACAGAGGGGCAGGAUCCCUGUGUGUACAUCUCAGAGGAACACAAGCGCCACACCCUGUUCUGUGGUACCCAGGUGAUCCAGACCAGGUACUACGGAGGGGAGAAAGUCAAGGCUGUGGUCAUCAGGACAGGAUUUGUCACUGCCAAGGGAGAACUGGUACGGUCUAUCCUGUUUCCAAAACCGAUGGGGUUCAAAUUCUAUCAGGAUGCCAUGCGGUUUUUAGCAGUGCUGGCAGGACUGGCAGUUAUUGGCUUUUCAUACAGUGUCUAUAUGAUGAUCUCAUUCAAGGCACCAGUAAAAGAAAUCAUUCUUCGUGCCCUGGACAUGAUCACAGUUAUUGUUCCUCCUGCACUGCCUGCCGCCAUGACAGUUGGAUCAGUUUACGCACAGCGACGGCUGAUGAAACAGGGAAUUUUUUGUAUCAGUCCGCCGAGGAUCAACGUGUCAGGGAAAACAAAGCUGGUGUGCUUUGAUAAGACAGGAACACUGACAGAAGAUGGACUGGACUUGUGGGGGGUGGUUCCAGCGGACAUGUCCGUGGUGAAGAAUGCUGCAGACCUUCCCCGUGGCGCGCUGCUGGCUGCCAUGGCCUCCUGCCACUCCCUCACACUGAUUGAAGGGGAGAUGACGGGAGACCCACUGGACUUGAAAAUGUUUGAAGCAACAGAUUGGCUUCUAGAGGAGCCUGGCCCAGACAACACCAGGUUUGACAUUUUGGCACCAACUGUAGUGAAGCCAGUUACAGCUGACACCUUCAUCAUGGGAGCCAGCAGUCAGACUCCAUAUGAGAUCGGAAUUCUUCGCCAGUUCCCUUUCUCGUCCAGUCUUCAGCGGAUGAGUGUCAUCACACGGACUCUGGGGAAUCGAAACAUGGAUGUUUACUUAAAGGGUGCACCAGAAAUGGUGGCUUCUCUUUGUAUUAAAGAAACUGUGCCUCCUGACUUCCACACCACUCUGAUGAGGUACACUCUCCAAGGCUUCAGAGUCAUUGCCUUUGCCUGGAAAAUGCUUGACACAAGCAUCAAGUUUCAUCAUUUACAGAAAAUUCAAAGGGACCAAGUUGAGACUGACCUAACAUUUCUGGGCCUGAUGGUUAUGCAAAAUGCUCUCAAGCCAGAAACCACACCCACCAUCCAACAACUCAGGGAGGCCAACAUCAGGACUGUCAUGGUAACAGGUGACAACAUGCUGACUGCUGUCAGUGUUGCCAGGAACUGCAGAAUGGUGCUGUCCAAUGACACAGUUAUCUUGGUGACUGCCAACCCUCCGGAGGAAGGACAACCUGCGCACAUUACAUGGACGUACUCGGAACAUCCCACAGAAGACAGUGUGGUGCAGGGCCAGGGUCAGCAGCCAGGGAAGUGGGACAGUGGUGCAGAUAUGAGUGAACCUUUGGUAGAGUAUGACAUGAGCUACCAGAACAUACAAAUAGAGGAACCUGAAGGAACAUAUCACUUUGCAGUCAGUGGGAAGUCUUUUGCUGUCAUCAGAAAUCACUUCCCAUACCUUAUACCAAAGAUGUGUGUCAGAGGAACAGUUUUUGCCAGGAUGUCUCCAAACCAGAAGGCACAGCUGGUAGAGAGUCUACAGGAUUUGGGAUACUGUGUCGCUAUGUGUGGUGAUGGAGCUAAUGAUUGUGGGGCACUGAAGACAGCUCAUGCUGGGAUAUCACUGUCUGAGGCUGAAGCUUCUGUUGCCUCUCCUUUUACAUCCAAAAUACCCAACAUUCAAUGUGUUCCAACAGUCAUCAGGGAAGCCCGUGCAGCCUUGGUGACGUCCUUUGGUAGUUUUAAGUACAUGGCCCUGUACAGUAUGGUGCAGUUUGUCUCCGUUAUCACACUUUACUCAAUUGACUCCAAUCUUGGUGAUAUCCAGUACUUGUACAUAGACUUGGCCAUUACCACUUCCGUGGCCCUGUUCAUGGGCUGGCAGGAGGCGUACCCUAAGCUGGUUCCCCAGAGGCCGUUGGGAAGCCUGAUGGCACCAGUCAACCUGUUCUCUGUUGUGAGUCAAGUGGUCCUCAUGAUCGCUGUACAAGUCGGUACCUUCGUCUACCUCAAACAACAACCCUGGUUUGUUCCCUUGAAACCAGACCCCAAGUCAGACAACAUCCUGUGUUAUGAGACGACUGUGGUCUUCAGUGUGACCAGCUAUCUGUACAUAGUCCUGGCUGCAGCCUUCUCUAAGGGCAGGCCCUACCGCAGGCCCUUAUACACUAACUAUGUGUUCAUGAUGUCCCUGAUGAUAUUGCUGGGAUUCAGCACGCUGCUUUUACUGCACCCCUUCAGUCCUCUGGCCAAGUUCAUUGAGCUGAAGGUGGAUAUGCCAUUCCAUUUCCGACUGGUCUUGUUGGCCAUCGUGAGUGCAUACUGCAUCAUAGUGUUUGUAAUAGAGGAUUUUGUUGUUACCAGCCAGGUACUGAGGAAAUUAUUCCGCCUAAGGAAGAAGUUACCCAAGAACAGGUACAAACUGCUCGAAAAAGAACUGGCGGAAAACCCUGACUGGCCACCGGUCGGUGAAACAACAUAUGCAGUUGGGGAGAAAUAUCAGGACUCAACACACUCUUGACAUACUCUUUUAUUAUGCUUUUAAAUUGUCAACAAAAGCCUCUAUAAUAAAUUUAUUGGCCUUGCAUGAGUUUAAUGUACAGAACACAGAUUACAAAGUUUUACAAAAAUAUGCCAAAUAUAUUUGUUACUCAGUUUCUUGUAGCAAUGAAGAGUAGUGUAGUAAUUGGCCUCUGUCUUAUAGCACUACUCAUACUUUUAUGAAGUAUAAGCAACCACAUUUACAGAAUCGGAAUCAGAAUAUGAAAAAAAAAAUGAAAAUAAACUACAUGUACAUGACAUUGUAUAUACUAUAUAUAUUGCGUCCCAAUUUGUGAAAAAAUCAGUUGUAAAAGUUUAAAUUGAAAUACUUCAAGGAAUAGGGAUUUCACAAUUUGAAAAAGAGUAGUUUAUCUAUGAUAGAAUUAUUUUGUAAUUCUGGCAGCCACGUGACUGUAAAUCUGCUAUAGAAUAAAGAUGCAGACCCAAUGAGUCAUGAUCCAUUGGAGACAGAUACAAACUGUAUGACUGACGGUGUAACGUUACAUGACUUGUGUGCUACACAUGGUCAGUAGCAGGACUGCAGGUGAGGUACAAGAGGCUAGGUGUUGGGGAGAAUACUCAAUGUUGAUCAGACAUAGGGAAGAAAAUGUUGUGGUUCUGGUUAUGGUCCUGAAAAAGAUAGGGUUGGGAGGUAGGGAUUAGUUUUUUCAGAUUUGGUCAAAGUUACCCAACAAAUACAGUUGGGCAAUAUAAAACUAAUUUGAUAAUACAUGUACUUCAGGCAUUUUUUUUCAACAUCAUUGUGAUUUUGAUGAACUGAAUUAAGAAGUACAAUGUCCACUACAUAUUCUUACUACACCCUUUCAAAGCCUUCAGCUGUUAACAGUGCAGAAUUUUUGUAAGUUUGUUUUAAAUUCUUCUUCUGCUGUAGAUGACAAAUAAAGAGACAGCUUAAUUUGUUUUUUAGUCAUGGUAUUUAGAUUAACGAACGGUCUAUGAAACACAGAGGGAGGAGCAGUGCUCUAAUUGAUAACAGACCAGCUAGCGGUCACUCCAGGCCCUGACCCAUGUACAUCACUUCAAAUCUGUAAAUCAAAAAUUUUACUUUCCUUGCCAACAGGUGACCAAAAAAACCCGCUAAGGUCGUCUGGUUUUUGCCAUUGUCAGUCUGGUAACCAGAAACACAGCAUUUUCUUCCAAGGCCUUAGUUGAUAUAGACACAGAUAUUCAAGGUGCCUGGCCAAUAAGUUGUUCUGGAGUCAGUCUCAAGUGUAAAACUGUCACAGGUACACGUACAUGUAAUGCAGGUAGGUUUACAUGAACACAUGCACACCCUUCUAUACCUGGCUUAUCUAAAUGGGAAAAGAUGAAUUUCAUCAAAUCUACAAUGCCGUGGUCAGGUUAUAUGUUGGUGAUUGGCAUACAUAAUAUCUGGUACCUCUGUUUGGGUAGUUUCCAACCUUAGAUGUGAAGGGGCCAACCUUAGUUUAAAGGGUAGGGACAGGAGUGGACGUGCACAGGAUGGUGCAUCAACUGUCUCUGCAGCUCAGAAGAAGGGAAACUCAACUCCAGAAAGAGAUGUUCAGUUUCUUUAUACAUGUAAUUAUUCUGAUAGUUUGUAUUCGCUGUGCUGCAUUCUCAUAUUGUCAUGGAAUUAGGUAGCCUGGGUACCAUCCGGACAGUAGUUCGCUUCUAUGUUCUCUGCUAUCCGUCUGGGGACUGCACAUUCAAACCGUAUGGUGCUAACGUCAGUUAAUGAGGGAAUUAAGUAAUGGGUUCCAGAGCACUCGUUCGAUGACAACAGACCCGCACGCAAGUGGACGGAGGGCAUUUCGGGCGUUGGAACGCCUGUUGGAUCAAGCGCUAGAUUCCAUUCCUUAAUUCACUCAUGUGUAGGGACCAAUCAGUUGUCGAUUCCAGACGUUGACGUGGUCAAGGAUCCAACUGGCAGACGGAACAGCAGAGAAGCGUAUAUAGUAUAUAAUGAAUGUCGGAGCAAACUACUUUACGGAUGGUAUCCAGGCUAGGAAUUAGGGUUAUACUUAUAAUACAAUGUAUGUAGUCUUGGGAUAUUUAUAUUAUUUGUAGCCACGUUUGUUGAUAAUCAAUGUUCACACACACUUACACACCUGCUUUGAGACCAAAAUUAACCUUGACAAUCAUCAACAUUUCAAACAGUGACCUCAGAAAAGUGCGAUUAUGUAGAUAUUGCCUGAGAAGUGACCUUAGUGACACUGUAUGAAUAUGCUAAGGCUAAAAAUUGAACAUCUAAUGAAAAGAAUCUGAUGUUCAUCUAUUUUCAAUCUUAGCAUUAUUCUCCUCUUGCUUUGAGCCCAAAAUUGACCUGGAUCUUUACAAGUUAUAUAUUCUGUUUCUGAAUUGUGAUUAUUCAUUUUUUUUAUCUUAGUUUGAUAAAAUGUUAUUAGAUUUACUGGAUUGUGUACUCAUAACAACUGAUUGUGGCCUGGUUCUGGAGUUGAGUUCCCCUUUAAGACUGAAGAUGUAGAGGAAACUGUGCUGAAAACAGUAACACCUUUAGGAUGACUGAAACUUCUCGGAUGUUUUCGUUUUUACCCUUCGGGAUCAAUAUGUGUUCAGGUGGAUGAAGGAAAAAUAUAGCAUGCAGUUCUGUGAGUUUUAUCAACACAUGUACAUGUGUAUGAUUGUGUGACUAUGUGCCGGUCUUCCAGCCUUUCAUACCAUAAUGCAACAAGAGAUGUCACACCUCCAGGAAGUAUUCAAUUAUGCAAAAGACACAUCUAAAUGACAUAUGCAAGGUUAUGUGCACCAUUAACUAAUUUAUACAUGUCACAGUUAUGAAAUCAGUAUUAUUCACCAUAUCAUUUGAUGAAUUAUGGCAUGUAUGCAUGAACAAUUUAAAGGUUACAUUUAAUUUAUGACACUUAGGACCAUAAUUGCAUUGUCAUUAUUUAUUAAUGUUUCACCUGCCAUGAAUUAUAUGUGGUGUAUUGCCAGCCUAUUUGCUCUGAAAUUUUAUGAUUUCAUAAUUGAUAUGCAAAUUAAGACAUAAUUUGCAUUUGGUCAUGUUGAUCUUUUAGCUACCCACUUGCUCCAAGUCAUGAAGAUACAUUGUUCCUUUCUUGAGUUUUCCUCUUUGGAAUACUUUUUUACCAAAAGUGCUCCUGAAGUUCCAGAACGAACUGCUAGAAGGCCCAAAAGAUGUCUUCCUUACAUGUGAAACACAAGGGGCAAAUAGAAUCUACUGGCUUCUGGAAUUCGAACCUGGGCCUACCAAAAACCCAACGCACUAACUGCUUAAAGCUUAAGGGUUCGGACCAGUUUGUUCAAUGAUGCAGUUCAAGGUCCCACACAUUAAACCAGUUGGAAACAAGAGUUCGUAGACCUCAGACCUACAUGAAAUGUAUUUGGUGUUCAAAUAAGUAAUAAGAAUUUGCAUACCAAUGUGAACAGAAAAAGACACGACAGAUUACAUAUCA